AUGGCGAAGACGAAGCCGACGGCAGCCGGUGCGGCCGCGGCGGACAAGAAGCAUAAUAACAAGAAGAAAGGCAAGGGCAACAUCAAGGGGAGGAACGGCCCGGCGGCCGUGGCCAUGAAGGCGCGCGGGGCCGGGGCCGCGGCGGCGGAGCGGAGCAACCCCUUCGAGGCCAUCUGGUCGCGCCGCAAGUUCGACGUGCUCGGCAAGAAGCGCAAGGGCGAGGAGAGGCGCACCUCCCGCUCCCGCUCCGACGCUAUCCACAAGAGGGAGAACACCCUGCUCAAGGAGUUCGAGCAGAGCGCCAAGUCGUCGGUCUUCCAUGACCGGCGCAUCGGCGAGAGGGACGAGACUCUGCCCGAGUACGACAAGGCCAUCCUCCGUCAGCAGCGAGAGCACAUGGCGAAGUUGAAACGAGCAAGCAAAUUCAAUCUGUCCGAUGAGGAGGAUGACGAGGAUUCUCACACGCUUUUGGGAAAUGAUGAUUUCAAUGAAGAGGUGCCUAUUGGUGACGACAGUGAUGAAGAAGGUAACACGCUCUCAAAGAAGCGCCUAUCUCUCCAAAGUAGUGAUCUCCCUUCAGAAACUGACCUACCUGGAGAAACACAUGGUCACAAGAGCAAAAAGGAAGUUAUGUCAGAGAUCAUUUUGAAGAGUAAAUUUUACAAGUUUUCAACUCUUGGUCUUUGCUUUUUUUCCAAAUUGUUUUCAAAGGCCCAAAAAGCCAAGGAAAAGGAAGAGGAUGAACAUCUUGUUGACAAGUUAGAUAGUGAUUUUGCAUUGCUGGCCCAGACGCCAGCACUUCUAUCCCUGACCGAGUCAGCUAGAGUGAACACACAUAAAAACAAUUCAAGUACAAUCCAUAAAGGUUCAUCUGGUCUGACCGGAAAGGAGAUUUUCAAUAAGGAAAAGCCAGAUGCAUACGACAAACUGGUGAAAGAAAUGGUGAUGGAUCAACGUGCUCGCCCGUCAGACAGGACAAAAACCCCAGAAGAACUAGCUCAGGAAGAAAAAGAACGUCUUGAGAAGUUGGAGAAGGAACGUCACAAGCGGAUGCUUGGAACUGCUGAGUCCUCUGAUGAAGAAGAUGAUGAUAGCGAGGAUGGUGAUCAUCAUAUGAGGGCGGAUAACUCAAAACCUAUAUCUGGCGAUGAUCUUGGUGAUUCCUUCUCUUUUGACGAGCCAGCAAAAAGGAAAAAAGGUUGGGUUGAUGCAAUUUAUGAGAAUGAGGGUAGAAAGAUAGGUGAAGGUGUAGCAUCUGGCGAUGAAGGAAGUGAUGACAGCGGUGAAGAUGAGGAUGAGGAUGAAGAAGAAGAUGCUGGCGAUGAAGAGGAUUCUAGUGAUAAUGACUUCCGUAAUAUGCCGGCAAGGGACUGGGAGCAAAGCGACGACGAUGAGGUUGCUGUAGAAGAAGAUGAAAAGGAUGAUGUCAAAGAUAAAGAACAAGUUAUUGGGGAAAAAGUUUUGAAAACAAAUGCACAAAAUUUGAAGAGAGUAUCUAAUGCGAAGCAAAAACCACCUGGCAAGGAUGAAGACCUACCUUUUGUGAUAGAAGCACCAAACAACUUACAAGAUCUAUGCUCCUUGGUCGAUGGUCGCUCAGAAACUGAAAUAGCUGAGAUUAUAAGCCGGAUACGUACUUGCAAUUCAAUAAGGCUCACACCUGAAAACAGAAAGAAAAUGCAAGUUUUCUAUGGUGUUCUCCUGCAGUAUUUUGCAGUUUUAGCUACUCAAAGUCCAGUGAAGUUUAAAGUAAUUGAGACCCUUGUUAAACCCUUAGUUGAGAUGAGUGGAGAGACACCAUAUUUUGCUGCAAUAUGUGCUAGGGAACGACUUACUCGUACACGUGCUCGUCUAUGUGAAGACAUCAAAGUUCCAGGAAAAAGCAGCUUGCCUAGUUUGAAGACAUUACUUCUACUGAGGUUAUGGUCUCUUAUAUUCCCCUGCUCCGACUUCCGGCAUGCUGUCGCAACUCCAAUGCUUCUGCUUAUGUGCGAAUAUCUGAUGCGAUGCCCUAUACAGUCUGGCCGAGAUGCAGCUGUUGGUUCUUUCUUGUGCUCCAUGGUGCUUGCGGCUACUAAAGAAUCGAAAAAGUUCUGCCCUGAAGCUAUCAGUUUUCUGCAAACUCUUUUGGUAACAUCACUUAAAGGAGAAGUGAGCAAUCAGAUCAAUGACCAGUUUAUGGAGCUCAAGACAUUGAAACCAUGGCUUCAUAUCAGUGAGCAAGUGCAUGAGGUGAAUCGUAUGAAUAUCCUCGACCUAAUGAGCAUGGAUCCUGAUUCCCCAUUCUUCGCAUCAGAUAAUUUCAAGGCUGGUGUACUUCUGUCUGUGGCUGAAUGUUUGAGGGGCUUUGUAAUUAUACAUGAAGGGCUCUGCUCUUUUCCAGAAAUUUUCAUGCCAGUUUCUUCUCUGCUGCAACAAAUUAUGGAAAAAUCCGAGUUGCCUGCCCUGUUACAAGAAAUUUUCCAAGAUGUCAUCGACUUGAUUAAGAAGAGAAGUGACGAACACCAUGCUUCAAGAGAGCCACUCCAAAUGCGGAAGCAGAAGCCUGAACCAAUCAAGCAGCUGAAUCCCAAAUUUGAGGAGAAUUACGUAAAGGGUCUUGAUUACGAUCCUGACCGAGAAAGGGCACGCCUGAAGAAGCUGGCGAAACAAGUGAAGAGCGAGAAGAGAGGUGCGAUGUCCGAGCUUCGCAAAGAUAGUUAUUUCAUGGCUGCUGUGAAACAGAAGGAGAGGGCGAGACACGAGCAAGAGAGGUCAGACGUCACCAAUCAUGGAGCACACAGGUGGCGCCAAUCAGCCAUCGCAAGACGGCCCAAAAGCAGCACUACACAUGAGGACCCAAAAGGAUACAGACAAAGGCUAAUGCAACAUGUCCUUAUCAGCAAAGCUUCGGCGAAGAAGAAGAUUGAUGAUGAUAGGGGAUGA